AUGACGGAACAGCCGAAGCUCGCCAAAUUCUUCGGCGGGGGUAGCAGCGCAAAUGGCAACGGAUCAGCCGCGCAGAAGCCUCGCCAGCAAGAUAUCAAGUCUGCUUUCGCUCCCAAGCCGCCAAAGCCAGCGUCGAAGGAGCUUGAAACAAAAGGCGAAGAGGCUGAGCUGACAGCCUCUACUUCUUCAACAAAAGGGGAAGCCUCCAACGGCAAUGGUACGAGCAGCGCCGCUGCUCCGGACACAGCAGCGCCACAACGAAAGAAACGCCGGAUCGUCGAGUCGGAUGACGAAGAUGACGAAGAGCCUGUGCUGAGCUCAGCGCCAGCAUCAGCACCCGUCAAGAAGGAAUCUACCUCCGCUCCUGCAUCUUCCAGCAAAGUAGCCUCGAUCUUCUCCAAGCCUCCACCAAAACCUAGUGCCGUGGCCAACAAAGGCGCCAUCUCCAUCGCCGAUGAUCAUACCGACAGCGAAUCCGAUGCCGACAGCGAGCACAUCCCUGACGACGUCUCUUCUGACCACGAAGAAGAAGCCAUCGCCGAGGAAGAACAGAAGGGAGCGAAAAAGCUCGCCGCCAUCUUCCAGAAAACAUCCGCAGUCAACGAAGGCAAAGUCGCAUGGAAGGAAGGUGAAGCCGUCCCCUACUCUGCUCUCGCAUCCACCUUCGCCGACAUCCAAGCCACGACGAAACGACUCGAGAUCACCGAGAUCCUCACCCAAUUCCUCGUUCGCGUCAUCAAGAGGUCUCCCGACAACUUGCUCCAGGUGGUAUACCUCUGCAUCAAUCGCCUCUGUCCCGACUACGAAGGGUUGGAGUUGGGAAUCGGAGAAUCGCUGCUCAUCAAAGCUAUCGCCCAAUCGACAGGUCGUGAAGUAGCCCGCAUCAAGAAGGAUCUCGAAGCGCAGGGUGAUUUGGGUCUUGUCGCGCUCAAUUCGAAGAAGAAUCAACCGACCAUGUUCAAAGUCUCGAGCUUAAAGGUGCCUCAGGUGUUCAAGCAGCUCAAGGAGAUCGCCGUAGUCAGCGGCAACAAGUCGCAAGAUCGAAAGAUCGGCAUGAUCAAGAAGCUGCUUGCUUCGUGUCAGGGCGAAGAACCGAAGUUCCUCAUCCGCAGUUUGGAGGGCAAACUUCGUAUCGGUCUCGCCGAACGUUCCGUGCUGGUAUCACUCGCUCGUGCAGUCGUCAUUUCGAAACUCGGCAAGAACAUCUCCAAGCUUUCCCAAGAAUCGCUCGCAAAGCAGCUCGAAGACGGAACUGAGGUAGUCAAAGCCGUCUACUCGGAACUUCCAUCCUACGAUCUCGUCAUACCAGCAUUGCUGAAAGGAGGAGUCGAAGGUCUACGCACCGAAUGCAAGCUCACCCCCGGAGUACCGCUCAAACCGAUGCUUGCCAAACCAACCAAAGCGAUCUCCGAAGUGCUCGACCGUUUUGAAGGCAAGCCGUUCACCUGCGAAUACAAGUACGAUGGAGAACGUGCGCAAGUCCACCUGCUACCCGACGGCAAGCUCGCCGUCUUUUCGCGCAACUCCGAAAACAUGUCGGUCAAAUACCCCGACUUGGUCGAACAGAUCCCUCGCUGCAUCAAGCCUUCGGUCAAGUCCUUCGUGCUCGACGCUGAAGCGGCGGCGUGGAAGAAAGCCGAGGUCAACGUGGAAGGCGUGAUGGAACCAGCCAAACUGCUUCCCUUCCAAGAGCUAUCGCGACGAAAACGAAAGGAUGUCAAAGCCGAGGACAUCAAGAUCAAGGUCAAACUCUUCGGGUUCGACCUUCUCUACCUCAACGGUCAACCUUUGCUCUCCCUCCCGCUCGCCGAACGCCGAGCACUCCUGCAAGAGCACUUCACGCCGGUGGAAGACGAGUUCGACUACGCACGAUCCGAAGACUGCGAAUCGGUCGAAGAGAUCUCCGUGUUCCUCGACAAAUCCGUCAAGGAAGGAUGCGAAGGUCUCAUGGUCAAGAUGCUCUCUGGACCGGAUUCGACGUACGAACCAUCUCGACGAUCGAUGAACUGGUUGAAGCUGAAGAAGGACUAUCUGGCUGGAACGGGAGAUUCGCUGGAUCUCGUCGUCAUCGGCGGAUACUACGGUAAGGGCAAACGAACCAACGUCUACGGAGCCUUCCUACUCGCCUGCUACGACGCCGAUUCCGAAACCUACCAGACUAUCUGUAAGAUCGGAACCGGUUUCACCGAACAAGAUCUCGAAACGCACUACAAAACCCUCAAAGAGUUGGAGAUCUCCGGCAAGAAAGGGUAUUACGACGUCGGCGAGGCGAAACCGGAUGUGUACUUCGAAGCCAAGGUGGUGUGGGAGGUGUUGACGGCGGAUCUGAGUCUGAGUCCCGUGUACACGGCGGCGAAAGGGUUGGUCGAACAGAGGGGGAUCAGUCUGAGGUUCCCGAGAUUCAUCAGGAUCAGGGACGACAAGACGAGCGAGGAAAGCACCAGUCCGGAACAGAUCGAGGCCAUGUACAGAUCGCAGGUGGUCAACAGCAGUAAGGGCAAGGGUGGAGGUGGUGGCGGUGACGACGAUGAUGGGUUUUGGUGA